UUUAGAUUUCAACAUGAAUUACGUUGACACGAUAGAUAAUGAGUUGGACUCCUACACUAACCUCAUGGAAUCUAUACCGUUCACGGACGUGACGCCUACUGCCAAGUUUCUCAAUGUCUACAAGUUGAACUACAAGGAGCUUCACAAAUUCGCACAGUCAAAUCCGUUUCCAUUGGGGUCUAACAAGCUUCUUAAGCUAUGUAUCAGUUUAGGAAACCUUUUCAAGUCGUACCAGCUCGAUGAAGAGAUGCACAAUCAACUGAAACAGCAGCAGAACACGAUCAACAAUAAAUUGGGGAUCCAAGCCACCGGCUCCUACAGACAAACGUCUUCUUCACUGAAUCCCUUCGAAAGCCCCAAACACUUUCUCAAUUCCAAUCCUACCACCACCCAGCCGCUAUACCAGAUCAAGUUCAUCAAGAACCUUCUCGUUAUUCUCAAGAACUUCGAUAUCGGCUUCACGUUGAAGGACAAUUCACAGUCAAGCACCACGCUAAACCAGUAUGCAAACUCUCCCAUCAAGUUGAACUCCCGCCAACUCUUAAUAGAGAAGCUUGAAAUCAACAUCACCUUGGACACUCUCUUCAUCUUCAAGAACUUGCUCAUGAUCUUGGCCAAGAUCUUGGGGAUUUUGAGGCAACACUUGAUCAUGAACAACGAAUUAGGGUUGUUCAACACCACCACCACCAGUGUCAACAGCAGCAUCAACGAGCAGAGUUCGAUAUUCAGCCUGAAUUCGGCGAGCUCAAACUCAUCGGACUCGUUCAUUAGCAUCGACGAGUACGUGAAGAUCCUCAAUCAAAUAUUGGGCCGGUUGUCCAAUGGGUUGAUAGAGCCGUUUUUGAAGUACAUGCUCACGUUUGUGAGGGGCAGUGUACAAAGUGAGUUUAAGACCCUAAUCACCAGUUUGUAGAUGGGUACCGACCCCUGGGUGUAAUCAUAUGUAACAUUAAUGACAAUAUAUUAUAAACUUAUCAAAAGUACCAAUUGGCAAAGCGGGCCCACAACACCUUACUGAAACGCCUUCCCAACAACUUCCCAAUCAAUGGGAAAAUAAUCAUAUUCACAAGCCCCGUGAUCUGCUGCACGCUCUCUUCCCAUUGUUCUUGUGCCGAUAGCACCGACUGCGAGUAGUCGGAAUCUGUUUCGUACCCGUCGUAGUCCAGGAGCAUUAUUAACGGUUCCUCGAAAACAAAAUGUUCGCGAUGGGUGAAAAACUCUCUCAUCUUUAUGAUAAAGACCGCAGUAAAAACAGGUAUGAGCAUAGUGAAAGAAGGUAAAGCCGAGAUCGUGGGCGGCGAAAAGGUGUUCUACAACCACAUCCAACAGUUCAACCGGGACUUAUCUGUGAUGGUCAUCCAGAGCUGGUACAAAAAGUACGGCCACACCCUCAAUAAGAAACGAGAUGCGACCGGCGAGCAGCCAUCAAACUUCAUCAAUAUUUUGGAGGCCUUGAGCGCUACGGGGUUGAGGUCCAUUCGGUAUGCCAAGGAGAUUGAGCAUGUAAACAAGGUGGUGGCCAACGAUCUUC